GCCAGUGCCUCAACUGACCAAAUGAACCUCGCGGCAGCCUCCUUUCAAACCCAGCAUCUGACUGCACAGUAGCCUAGGGCUUUGUUGGUAAAGAAGAGAAGAAACAAGCGAAAUGGCAGGGAAAGAAGUUGAGACUGUUCUUCCUAGAGCUGGAUGCCAGGGACGAGCCAGACAUGCAGUCAGACCAAGAUCUUCUGCUGGCAGGACAGAUGCUUCAGGGACCUCUAGAAAUCCAGAAGCUGUAAGGAGAGAGCAGCAAACCUGUGCAGCGCUGCUGGGUCCCUGGAACACUGCCCAUAGAAGAACGCUGAGCUGCAGUCUGCGUCCUUCGGCCGGUACGUACCAGCUGCGGCAGCACCUUCUCCACGUGCUCCACAUCCACCUUCCCCAGGUCCUCGGCCUGUGCCUGCCGCGCAGCUCUUGCCGCCGUUUCUGCAGAGGAAGGGAGAAAGGAGAGCGCCGAGGGCUCGGGGACUCUAGGACUGUGAUAGCUCGGGUGAACGGGGCUCCACCACGGCUCGGGCUGACCGUGGGCCCGGUACCGGCAGCUCACCUCGGACAAAGACGUUCAGCAUCUCCAUCAUCAGCAGCUGCGCGUCGCCGUUAACUGCAACGACAAAGCGGAGGGUGAGGGCCCACCCACACCGCCCGCCUCCCCCCACCGGUACUGCCCGCAGCCAUCCCGGUACCUCGCGUCCUCCCGUCCCGGAAGUGGAGGUGGAGCAGCCGGCCCACGGUCUCCUGCAGGGAGAGGAGAGGGUUAGCGGGGAUUGGGGACGGGAGCCCCCGGUACCGACAGCCUCACCCGCCACACCUUCCGGAACCCGACGGCCUUCUCCUCCCGCUCCAUGGCCCCGCCGGCUCCGCCCCCGGAAGUGCGUGUCCCCUGCGGGCGGGGCUGCGCCGCGGCCAUGGAGGAGUUCCGCCGGGCCUACGAGCAGCUGUGCGCGGAGCCGCAGGAGUCCGUGCUGCGGCGGCUGCGGGAGCGCGGCGAGGAGCCGGGUCGUGGCCGUCUGGACUUGACGGCCCAGAGCUUGUCGCUGGAGACGUGCAGGGCGCUGGGCCGGCUGUUGCCCGGUGCUGCGGCCUUCACCGAGGUGGCGCUCGGUGACUGCGGCCUCAGCGAGGAAGGUGUAAGUCUUCUGUUGCAUGGUCUUUGCUCCAACACCACGGUCAAACUGUUGGAUUUGAAGGGAAAUAACCUGCGAACCAUGGGAGCUGAGGCUUUGGGAAAACUUCUGAGGCAAAACAGAUCCAUCAGGAGCCUAAUAUUGGAAUGGAACAACCUUGGCAUGUGGGAGGAGGGCUUCUCGUCUUUCUGCCAGGGACUGGGAGCAAACAGCUUUCUCCAGCGGCUGGAUCUGCGCAGCAACCAGAUCAACCAUCAAGGUGCUGGAGAACUGGCCAUGGCACUGAAACAAAAUGCCAGCCUCCAGGUGCUAGAUUUGCGUUGGAAUAAUAUUGGGCUUCUGGGUGGCCGAGCUUUGCUGAACUCCCUGCGCAGCAAUAAGACCCUGAAGAGGUUGGAACUGGCUGGGAACAACGUUCCUAGUGAUAUCCUAAAAGCUGUGGAGCAAGCCAUGAAUCACAACCAAGACCGUCAGAGUAUCCUCAGUGAGAUCCAGAACCGAACAUCCAUACUCAGCAAGGAGGUUUUGAGUCUGAAGGAUGAGAAGACCAAGCAGUUCUUGGAUUUGAUGGACACUAUAGAUAAACAGAAAGAAGAAAUAGCCAGGAGUGACAGGAUGUCUGCAGCACGAGUCAGCCAGCUGCAGGAAGCAUUGAAUGAGCAGCACUCUAUUAUGAGUUCACUGAAAGCCAAACUGCAGAUGACUGAAGCUGCCCUGGCUCUGUCUGAGCAGAAGGUGCACAACUUGGGAGAGCUACUGAAUGCCAUGAGGCAGGAACAAACCAGCAUGGCUGAGUGCCACUUGAAGGAGCUCCAGCAGCAAAAACAGGAAGUUGCUGAUCGGGAAGCGAAGCUGUUGCGUGACUUGUCUGUGGCCGGAGACAAAAAUCUGCUUCUAAGAAACCAGGUGGAUGAGUUGGAAAAGAAGUGCAAAAUUCAGCAGGAUCAGCUGUUCCAGGUGAAACAAGACUUGACCAACACAACAGCAGAGCUGAAGCUGCGGGCCAUGCAGGCUGAGGAGCGCCUGGAGACAGAGAAGAGAAGAUUUAAACAAAGCCUUGAAGACUUGGAAUCCCUUCGGGUUAAGGAGGUGAAUCAUUUGACACAGCACAUGGAGGCCAGUGAACAUUCCAUGCAGGAGAGGAUCCAGAAGCUGGAGGCCAUCAGGAUAGCUCUGGAGGAGGAGCUGAGCCAGACCAAAGCAGCUGCACACACUGAGCGAGGCCAGGCAGAGGAGGAGUUAAUAAAAGUCCGGAAUUGGGCACGGUUGGAGGAGCAGCAACGACUAGAACACCUGGAGGAGAAGCUGCGGCUGAUGACUGAGUCACGGAAUGAAGCUCAGAACUGCUGCCUUAAGCAAAAACAGAUGGUUGCUGAGGCCCAAGCUAAAGCCAGUCAGUUGAGCCUGCAGGCUGAUGGGCUCAGAAGGCGGCUAGAAGAGCUUCAGCAGGACCUGAACAGUAAGGAAGAAGAGAAAGUGACAGAGGUGAAUAAAGUGAAAGUGGAAUUACAGGAGCAGAUUGGACACCUGCAGGCUGAACGCGCAGCACAGGACGGGCUGAGAGAGAAGAUUGCAGCCCUGGAGAGACAGCUGAAAGCCCUAUCAAGUAGUCACCGUGAGGCAGUGCUGGACAAAGAAGGUGAAAUUUCGGUGCUGCUGGAGAAGCUGAGAAUGAAAGAGGCUGACAUCUCCAGGAUGAGGGAAGAAGAGGCCCAAAGAGCAAGUUUCUUGCAGAAUGCCAUCAUGGCGUAUGUGCAGGGCUCCCCUUUGGGAACCCACAGUUCUAGGAAAUGAGAGCAUUGCUUAAAAAUUCCAGAUACCUGCUGUCAGG